AUGCCGAUUUUCGUGUUAACUGUAGUAGGAAUGCUUGCUGCAAGUGCAGUGAACGCCGAACAAGUCAAAAACUUUCGCAUGUGCCGGAGUACUAAUUGUGUUGUAUAUGAUUUGUUUAUUAAUCCAUGUCCCGAAGCUUUAUACAACCAAGCAUGUGAAUUUCCACAAACCGUGAACGCGUCUAUUGCAUUCAAAUAUAUACCUAAAUUUAAUUCGAACUUACCAAAGACAAGACUAUACGCUGAAACCUUUUUGUUAGACUUGCCGUUUUUGGACAUGGACACGAACGCAUGCUUAUACACAAGUUGUCCCGUGAUGAAAAACACCGAACAGUAUUGGCUGUACAAAUUAUUCGUAUCCAAAAACUAUCCUAGGACUAGUUACACAGUCAAGUUUAAGUUCUGGGACACCGAACCUAAUGCCCACAGUGACAACCCACAGUGCUGCUUUAAAUUCGACAUCAAGAUCGUUUAA